AUGACACCCAAACGAAGCUUAUCUCCAGCCGAUGAACAGCAGCCCGAACCAAAGCGCCCUCGAUUCGAGGAUUUCGAAAAUGAGCUGAUACAAAUGGAGGACGACGGCGCUCGUUCAAUCGAAUCCUUAAUACCAAAUCCGCAUUAUCAAGCCAGAACCAGCCUCCAACGUUCGAUCGCAGUGGUUCUCAACCACGAUGGAUUCGAGGGAGCGAGCCCAGAAGCAAUGGAGAGCUUUACAGGAAUGGUGGAAACAUACCUUGAGGGCAUGAUUGAGGCCGCCAAAACUCUCGCUCUGGCUGCUCGACGCGAACAUCCUAUCCCUACCGACUUUGAGCACGCCCUGCGAAGGCACAACGUCAGUGUAUCAUCACUAAAACCACACUUGAAGCCACCGGUUCCGAAAACUCAAAAGUUUCCAGGCUAUAUUGAUGUACUUCCCGAAGAUCUCGACGCAUACACCACUCUGCCUCUGUUGGGCGAGGAGCUCAGCGGACAGCCGGACAAGGAAGAGAAGACCUACGUUCCGUCUUCCUUCCCCGAUUUCCCCAGCAAACAUACCUACAAGUUUACUCCUCAAGAAGACACAAGCAUUCGCGACUCCAAGAAAAUACGUGAGGAAGCAGCAAGGACAGCUCAGCAGGGCGAGGAUGCUCUCAGGCGGUUGGUCAGAGCAUCAAAGAUGCGAAAACAGAAAGAAGUCAAGAAUCUGGUGGAGCGCGAUACGCAUGGCAAAGAACGAUUUCGUCUUUGGGAAUCCACCAUGAAGCGCUUCAUGACAACUGAUGGCAGGGGGGAGAACACCGACGAAAUGGAAAUUGCGGACCAUAGUAUGAUUGUGAACGGGGAAGCACUAUUCUCACGCAAAGAAGUUCCGAGGGUUGGUAAGCGGUCGGCUGCCUUGGCAGGCAAAAAGGCAACGUGA